CGGAGAGAUGGAGCAGCAAACAAGCAACUACCCAAUAAUACUAACAACAAUAACACAAAAUUUGAUAUGAAGGUUGGUACUUGGUUCCUCCAAGUUACUCUGCAUUUUCUGGUCAACUGAGAAGAGUUGGAUCAGCCGUGUCCAUCGGUGGAUUUUCGAGAUCUCUGUGGCUUAUGAAUUGGUGAGGGGCAGUCUUUCGGUUUUUAUUCUGAGAUGCCCACGACUCGAUGAGUGGAAGAAGAGGUGGUUGCUGCUUCUCUCGUUGCGGCUUUCCUUCUCGUCCUCCCCGAAACACAACCCAGGUUCGACCUGUUGCUGUCCCACCUCAACCUGUUGUCGUCCCGCUCUCCUCUGAGUCGGAGCUCGUUCCUUGUUUCGAGGGAGAGGUUGGUCAGGCGAUGGGUGAGCAAAAUCCCACUUCAUGGAAAUACACAUGGAAGAUUACCAACUUCACUAGCUUGACUCAAAAGAAGUACUACUCCGAAGUGUUCACGCUUCGCGACAAUGCCUGGCGAAUACUCAUUUUCCCCAAGGGGAACAAUAUAGACCAUUUGUCGAUAUACUUGGACGUCGCUGAUUCCGUGGAGCUACCAUACGGGUGGAACAGAAGCGCCCAUUUCAGAAUGAUUCUGGUCGAUCAGAACAAUUACGGCUAUUCUAGGAUUAAGGAGACGGAACAUAAUUUCAAUGCAAGGGAGAGUGACUGGGGCUUCACAUCCUUCAUUCCAUUGAGUGAAGUCCGUGACAGCUGUAACGGGUAUUUAGUUAACAACACUUUGACGAUUGAGGCUGAGAUUUUUGGCCCCCAACCGCUGGCUGAAAAUACUCAGUUGGCUGAACCUCCUGCAAAUGUUCCUCAGGCAACACCAACAGAUACGUUCGACGCGUAUUUCACAAAUCUCGAGGAAAUUAUUAACGCUGCUCAGAGUUCUCCCACCAGAGGAGGGUUGAACGCGAGCAAUCAAAAAGGUGCUCUUUUGACUUCUGAGGCUCCAACCUUGGAAGAAGUAGAGAAGGCUAAGCUGUCUUUGAAAGAGUGCCUUUCCGAUAUCUUCAAGCUAAAUGUAAAAGACAGAUUGGCUGAAGCAAUGUCAACAUUAUGCGUAGCCAAAAGUGGGUUAUCACUGGACCAGCAAAAAUCAGUCAAGGCCUUCUGGGCCAACUUUGAUGAGUUCACUUCCGACUUUUUGACCUUUGAGCAGGACAAUGCCGAAUUCGAGCUGCAGAAAUUGCUUAAGGAUCAAAUGUAUGCGACAAUGAAGAAGAAUCACAACACUCACAUCUUGUAUAAGCAAUUUUUGGGUGACCUGACCAAAGAGGAGGAAGAGCUCAACAAAAAACUUGAGGAAGUGAAGUCCAGAAGAGAAAAGCUCAUUUCGGACUGGGAGAUUUUGAUGGUCGAGUCGGAGGAAGCGAAAUCUGGGCACAAGGAUCAAGAGAAGAAAGUAUCAGAGGCUGAGGAAAAGAAGAGAAUUGCCGAGGAAAGAAUGUCUAGAUCAACCACUGCUUGGUCAAAUCUGAAAACGCUAUUUGGUUGAAACCUUUUUGGCUUGGAUCAUAACUGGCUAUGAGGACACUAUUCAAAUGGAUCGCGUAUGUGAAUACUACUGUGUUUGUAUGAAUUCUCUUGCUAAUAAGUGCUUUCGAGUGGUGAAAACCCGUGCCUUUGUGUUACAGUCACCUUCUGAUAUUUUUAUAGAGUUACCACAUCUGCUGUGCUCUUGUACACUUCGAAUUUCACAUUCUGUGUGUGUUUCUUUCUGUUAUUCCAUCAAAGGUUUGAAGGUAGAACCAUUCCUGCUUGUAAGCCUAUAGAUGCUUGGCGUUGGUCUGCUUAAUUUUCCGCAAAAUGAUAACCUGCGACUGAAGUUGUACUUCUUUCA